AUGCAAACUAUUUCGGAUGGGAGCAUCUAUCGAGGAGCACAAGCUGAUAUAAGUCUUCAUAGUGUAGAUGUACGAAAUAACCAGUACACUAAAAGUCAAAUUUGGAUGGAGAAUGGACCUCGUGGUCAAGUUAAUAGCAUACAGUUUGGUUGGUCGGUGAAUCCAAAUUUGUAUGGAGACCGUUCCACACGAUUUACUAUAUAUUGGACCGCAGAUAACUAUAAAAGAACCGGAUGCUACAAUACAGUUUGUUCAGGCUUUAUUAUUAUAUCACGAAAUCCUUCAAUUGGAGCCAUGUUUGAAUCAUCUACCUAUGGUGGUGAAAAAACACUAUAUUUCAGACCGGAGGUUAUUCAGGAGUUUGGGCAUUACAAGUAUUUGACGAAGUAA